AUGCCAGUUUUACAAUACAGCUAUUCCUCCGGACAUAUGGAUUUCGUAUACGAUAAGCUUGGAACGCAACACCGGACGAUACGUCUCGUCACAAUUGAGCCCGGAGCUUGGAAAGAUGAGAUCCGCUGCAGCCUACAAACUGUUGUAUUUGAUGACAAGCCCUCAUAUCAAGCACUGUCGUACGUCUGGGGCGAUCUUGAAAGUACCAGGACAAUCUAUCUCAACAACCAUGAGAUUCAGGUCACAGAAAGCCUAUGGUACGCUCUUCGACGCCUGCGAGGGCAAAGCCCGCGCACGAUGUGGAUAGAUGCUAUCUGCAUAAACCAAAAGGAUGAUGAGGAAAAGUCAUGUCAAGUCGCCAUGAUGCGAGACAUCUUCAAAGAAUGCAAAGAAGCCAUUUUAUGGCUAGGGGAAGACGAAUGCGAUAUCUCUGGCCCCGAUAUCGUACCGACGUCUCCUUCAGCAAGACGAGCGUUCGAACUACUUGGAAUACUGUCUAUAGACGACCAUCUCCCCGAAAUACCAUGCUUCUCUGUUACGAAAAACGCUGAAGUCACACUAAAGGACGAGUAUAGACCGCAUCUCGAAGCUUUGAGGGCUCUUGCAAAACUUCCAUGGUGGACUCGUCUAUGGAUCGUACAAGAAGCGGCUGUCCCAGCCAAUGCCACGUUUGUUUAUGCCUCGGAGUCCUGCCCUGCCGAUGUCCUCGUGGCCUCAAAGGUUGUCUUUUUGAAGCACAGCACCUGCUGCGACUUUUGGUGGACAGAACUCUUUCAACAACAACGACAGACUGGCAUUGCUUUUAAUGCCAUUUUUGAUUCGUUGAUUCCUAUACUCAGCACUCGCGGGAGAUAUCAGGCUGGUAUAAGGCAUGAUCUCUUUCUACAGCGCCACACGUGCUGCCAGCUGCAGGCCACGAACCCGCGGGAUCUCAUAUACGCACUCAUUGGCAUACUGCGUGACCAUGAGAGCGCGAAGUUUAUGGUAAACUACUCGCAGCCCACAGAGGAAGUGUUCGCACAGGCUGCAUUCUACAGCAUGCUCCAGAAUGGUUGGAAGGUAUUGCUGGGCCAAAGACACAGGGCCCCUGGAAUACCGACUUGGCUUCCUGAUUGGUUCGUAUCAUCAGCCGUGGACAACUCCGUUUGGGUUGAACUCAGGCGUAAGAUGGAGCGCUACAAGCUAUAUAGCGCAUCUCGAGAGCAUGCCCCAUUCUUUCGGUUGGAGAAGGAUACGCUCCUACUAGCGAAGGGGCUUAAAGUUGGCACCAUACAGGACGUUGGGCCUGUACUGAACGCAUCCAACUUCCUUCAAACCGUUGAACAAUGGAGUAAACUCCUGGGGACGCCAAAUUUUCAUCCAAAAACUCCUCCUCCAAUUGGCUCACUGGAAGAUGCGUUCUGGAGAGCCUUGACCUGUGAUACCUCCAGGGACGUAGAAGACAUAAGCUGGAACCCUUAUCGCCGGUUAGGCGUCAGUAGGGAUUACAGUGCGUUUUAUGAGUGGUGGACAGAUGUGCGGGGAGGUUUCCUGUCGCAUCCGUCAAGCUGGGGCUCGGAUGUAUGGACUGCUAAUUGCUACCACCGGAUGUUCCUCACAGAAGAGUGCCGGAUAGGCAUCGCGCCGGGCAAUGCCUGCGCGGGCGAUGAAGUCCAUGUGCUGGUGGGUAGCAAUGUUCCGUUCAUUCUUCGUCGUGGGCACGUGGAGGAGUCAUAUGUCGUCGGAGACUGUUAUCUGCAUGGGGUCAUGGAUGGAGAAGCGAUGACGGAUGGUGGCGAGUGGCAGGCGAGGGUGCAGUGGGUGGAGUUGCACUAA